GAAAUCUUCACAAAGUACUCAUCUCACCCAGGUAGCAUGACUUUAGUCAAUAAUAAUAAGUUUUAGGUGCGUAUGUGACAAAAUAGAAUGCUGGGUGUGCUGCUGGUAACAAUAGUGAAUCUAGCAAUAGCCAAGGAAACCGGGUACGAAAAAUUGCUUGAUGAACAGAAGAUCAUCAAACAUUUACUGGAAAAUCCGCAGAACGACUACGAUUGGAGGGUCCGUCCUCGAGGACGACUCAAUGAACCUGACGAUUAUGUUGAUGCUGACCCAGUAAUUAUCACUGUCAACAUGUACCUCAGGAGCAUCUCCAAAGUAGAUGACGUUAAUAUGGAAUAUUCUCUACACUUCACUUUCCGAGAAGAGUGGGUGGACGAACGGCUGUAUUUCAGCAGUCCCAAACUCUCGCAUAUUGUGCUUUCACCUGGACAAAGAAUCUGGGUGCCAGAUACUUUCUUUCAAAAUGAAAAAGAUGGCAAAAAACAUGAUAUCGACACACCGAACAUCUUGAUCCGAGUGCACAACGGAACUGGACGGAUACUCUACUCAUGUCGCUUAACUCUCACUCUUAGCUGCCCAAUGAAAUUAGCCGAUUAUCCCCUUGAUGUGCAGACCUGUGUAGUCGAUUUUGCUUCUUACGCAUACACCACUAAAGAUAUAGAGUACAUCUGGAAAGACGAGAAACCUAUCCAGAUCAAGGAUGGUCUCCGUCAAUCACUGCCUUCAUUUUUGCUCAGCAAUGUACGAACUGGAAAUUGUACAUCCGUAACGAACACGGGUACCUAUUCCUGCCUACGAACAAUUAUUGAAUUAAAACGAGAAUUCAGUUAUUACCUCCUGCAAUUGUACAUACCUUCAUUCAUGCUUGUUGCUGUGUCAUGGGUAUCCUUUUGGCUAGACAAGGACUCUGUCCCAGCUAGAGUGACUCUUGGAGUGACCACUCUCCUCACUAUGACUACUCAAGCUUCGGGUGUAAACGCUAAUCUACCUCCCGUCAGCUACACUAAAGCGAUUGAUAUCUGGAUUGGAGUAUGUUUAGCAUUCAUCUUUGGAGCAUUGUUAGAGUUUGCACUGGUAAAUUGGGCAGCUCGCCAAGAUCUCGCACAACAUGCCUACAGAGCUCGACAGCAGCAAAGCUUGCAUAUGUACUUUAGGAAUCAGCAAAUACGACGCACUGAACUGCACCCGUUUCAUCCUGCAAUGCAAGCACAG